AUGAAUGAUACGCACGUUUCUGGAAUCACCGAGCGCCGUGGCACUUGCAAGGAUGAAGGCAAGGAGAAAGUUGUGAAGGUCUCCCACCACGUUCAACUGCCCCGAGGAAACGAGAAUCUACUCAAGGAAACUGUGGCGACUGUUGGACCCUGCUCGAUUGCCAUCGACGCCAGUCACUCUAGCUUCCAACUGUACAAGGACGGAAUAUACGACCCCGCUGCAUGCAGUCAAUACUCACUCGAUCACGCUGUUCUAGUAGUCGGCUACGGAGGCUCCGGCAAUGAAGAAUUUUGGUGGGUCAAAAACAGCUGGGGUAAAAGUUGGGGGCUGAGUGGCUACAUCAAGAUGGCGAGAAACAAGAACAACAAAUGUGGGGUGGCCAGUGAAGCUAUUUACCCCGUUGUUGCCUAAACAGGGACAGAUUCAAACAGUAUUGGAAUUCAGAGAGUUAAGAAGCAGAGAUGAUAAACACUUUACUGAUUGAUUGAAAUCGAAAUAUUACCGAAAAUUUUAGUGCGAAGUGAUGCUCAUAAAAAAAUAAUAAAGAAUUCAAAAUAAAGUUUAUAUGUUGUUAAAGCGACGAAAAUUAUUUGAAUUUAA